GUGAUUCUCUUAUUUUUUUAAUAGUUAGGUCAAAUCUACUCCGUACAUGGCCAUACAUACAUACUCCAUAGAUUGAAUUCUCAUGUACUCUGAUAUUGCACCGGCUUCUAUAGUCAGAUGCAUUAAAGACUGCUCGGUAAUCAAGUGUGGAUCCCUUAACCAUCCCCUCCCCUCGCUCUAGAGUAUAGCCUCUAAAGCUUGUGUUGAGUGUCUUGUUGAGGAUGCUCUUGCUGCUGGAGCCCAUGUCAUUCACAGCUACCGAGCACGACUUCGAGUCAUUGUCUUCAGACUUGGGGAUCUAUGUGGCGCCUGUUCUCCUUGGUGGGUUGAAAGGAAAACAUGAAUAUGUGGCGGGAGAGGAGGCCUUUGCUUCAUUAGCAUCCUGUAUCAUGGUGAACGGUGAUGAAGAAGCUAUUCGUAUUACGAAUAACUAGUAGCAGAUAUGGGCUUUCCGCCGCGGUAUUCACGGAAGAUCUGUAAAAGGACCUGGCAAGAGUUGAUGAUUUAAUCAGGGUAUUGUAUCUUAUUUCUUAAACUUAUAAAAUUUACCGGCGCCGUCUUUCUGCAAAUGCUGGAGUUUAUGAUGAAUUGAUUGUAGUGCCGUACCGGUGAGGAUAUUUUGUGAAUAUAUACAUAAUACACGUAUAGGACUAUCUGCCUCGGAGUCCUCAGCGAUUGAAGUGGCCUAAUUAGAAACUUGUAUUUGUAGAACACCAUCUGUGUGCUUUCGGGAGCGAAUCGUGACGGCC